AUCAUAUUUUUGUUCACCACUGUAACUGAAGGAGUGAAGAACGCUUAAGAGCACAGCGGUCACUGUUGGUACUGUUAAGCCGGCGCUCUUGAACUGGCUACCAUCUUCUAGCACAGUAUUAAUGCGAACACGUCUUGUGAAUGCAGAAGACUCCGCAGCUGCUGGACGCCGGAUGCCUGUGGCACUACUUCGAUUUGGGCGCCGACCUUAUCGUCGGCUUCGUGUCAGCCAAUUACUCGCCACCCAUCAUUGUCAUCAACAAAACCACCGUCGUGCAACCGCCGAGUCAGCCGGUGGCGGCCGUUCGACCAUCUAUCUGCGCGGGGCUGGCCCUGUGCUCUGACGCCGCGAAUGUUCUCGACUCGGCGAAUGCUGCGCUUGUCGACAGCGCCGCGAAGCAGCUGUCCGCUGCCGUCAGCAGUCAUCGGGCAACAGCGGUGGCGUCGCUGGGCAACCGUGAGAAUCCGUACAAGGUUCUUCUGGAGCCACCCACUGUGCGGCAAUUCCUGCACUUUCCGUACGUUUUAAUCAGGGCCUUUGUUAAGGUGAGUCAAAACUGGUGCUUUGAUUACAUACAUUAUUCGCGUCGGCUUGAACAGUACAGGUAAUUUACUAACGUAAACUGAGCAUAUAAUUCUGAAAUACAAAUGCAUACAUGCGUGACGCUGCGGUGUAAAAAUAAUGAUCUCGAUGUCGCGGUUUCGAUUCCCUGUCCCAGUGACCGCGUUUCAAUGAGGACGAAAUGGAAAAAAAACGCUCGCCUAUUUAGCUCUAAGUGCACUUUAAACAACCCGAGAAGCUCAAAAUUAAUCCCGAGUACCUAACUACAGCGUACCUCAUAACAUAUCGUGGUUCUGGCACGUAAAACUCAAGAAUGCAAUUUUAUUUUUUUUGUGAAAGUAUCGAUACGCUUACACAGGAGAGCUCAAGAGUUGCCCAUGCGCACAUUGCGCCUUUCAGCCAGUAAAUUUUUAUCAGGAAACCAUAUUUUAUUUGGUCUCGGUGUGGGUUUAAUCAGCGUGACUAACAGGCUUGUGCGUUACUUUAUGUAGCAUCUUCCAUAAAAUGUCAUUCUUCCCAUUGCAAACCCCGCUUUUCAAGCAGCACUAUCAUGCCAAGCAUCGUCGGCAUCC